AUGAAAAUCCGUAUAGAAGCGACCCAGGCGAUGGGUAGUUUCAGUGGCGGAUUCAACAAAAGAGGUGGCGGAGGCGGCCAGCAAAACCGGGGCGGUCCGGGAGGCUUCAGUAACAAAGGUGGAAGCCACAACAACCGACAGGGCGGUGAUAGAAACUACGGUAAUGACAACUUUGGCAGAAACGACUACGAUAGAAACCGCGGGCGUUCUAAUAAUUUCAACGAUCGUGGGCCGAACCGAGGCAGAUACGGUAACUUUGGAGACGAGAUCCGCGAUGGCGGCCGGGACGGAGGAAGUCGAGAUGACUGGAGCCGAGAGCACGAUGGCCGUGGAAGCGACAGGGGAGACAACUACAACCGUGGUGGUGAUGGUGAUCGCUAUGGGCGAUACGCAGGAGGUCCAGGGGGAGGUGGAGGAGGAGCUGCAGGUAUGGCAGGUGGCCGUAGAGAACACCGCGAUAGUGACAGAAGAAAAGAACCAAAUCAAGGUCCACCACCGCUCAGUUUGGCGGAACGUGACGCCGGUAGGCCCAAGUUGAACUUGAAACCACGGACCGUGGCUACUCCGUUGAAUGCCCUGGCAGAAACUAAACAAGCAGCGGCCAUUUUUGGCAGCGCUAAACCCCGCGAGGAAAAGGCCGGGGCCGAAGGCAGCAAGCCGGAGGAAUCAGAACGUAAAACGUCUGUUUCCUCGUCAACGGCGGGUGACGACAAGAACGAACCGAACUAA